CGCAAUAAACUUGGGAAGAAGAUAUUUUCAGCUCUCAUGGCUGCCAUUCGUUUUCGCGCGGCAAAGCUCCAAAGCAUUCUGAUUCAAUCAACUACCAAACCAUCCAUGUUUGUAAAUUGCAAUGGCGACGAUCUUCCCUUUUCAAUCACGUACAUCUCUUCGAACAUCUCUCAACGCCAUUCGACCUAAUCGCCCUCUCAAGAUCUGCACAAUCCGGUGUCAAGGGGACAAUCCCGCUACCGAUUCGCCGAAGAAUCGAGAAUCUAAGCCCGAGAAUGCGGUGCUGAAGGUCGCUUGGUAUGGCUCCGAGCUCUUGGGGAUCGCCGCUUCAUUUCUCCGUCCGCCGACGGAUGUUGAAACGCCUGUUAGGGCUCAGGAGCUCACGAGAGAUGUGUCCGGUGCAAUUCGUCGCCCUGUGAUUGUGGAAACGAUUAAGAAGGAUUUUGAGCGGUCGUACUUCGUCACAGGGAACCUGACUGUUGAAGCUUAUGAAGAGCAGUGCGAAUUUGCUGAUCCGGCUGGUUCUUUCAAAGGUCUUAGCCGAUUCAAAAGAAACUGUACAAAUUUUGGAUCCCUUGUUGAUAAGUCAAACAUGAAGCUUACCAAAUGGGUGGAUUUUGAGGACAAGGGCAUUGGACAUUGGAAGUUCAGUUGUAUCUUGUCAUUUCCUUGGAGACCAAUUCUAUCUGCAACUGGAUAUACAGAGUAUUAUUUUGAUGCAGGAUCUGGAAAAGUAAGCAGGCAUGUAGAACACUGGAAUGUUCCUAAAAUGGCUUUACUGAACCAAAUUCUGAGACCCACUCGAGCUUGGUUGUGGUUUAAGAAACCAGGUGCUGACUGAUUCUUCUUUCUCAUAAGAACACAGCUUAGAUCAUAAACCUUUUCUUGUCAAUGUUUUAAUUUGAUUUAGAAAUCAUAUUUUGUGGGGUAAUGUAAGGAAAUUAUAUGUAACAGAGAGAUUUUUUCUUUUCUUUUUGUUUAUUAAAGUAUGUGUAAUAGAUAGAGAUUUGUACCGAUGGAACAUGAAAGAAUGAGAUAGCAUACAGCUGGUUGAUUGGUGCGUACCUUUUUCUA